AUGGACAACCUAGUGCCCGAACUGCCGCCGGCGCAAGAGGAAGCUAUCAAGGGCUUUCGUACUAGUAGUGGCCAUGAGCGGUCCAACAGUUCACCAACGCUGUAUGAGCGAAGUGCUUCAACCCCUCCGGCUGGCCUAUGCAAGGAGGAUACCAUAGUCGUCGAAGGCGAAUCCUCUUUCAGACACCAAACGCUUCUUGCGAGCCAGAUCACGGAACUCAAUACAAAUCCUGGCCCGCAACCAUCACCUGUGCCGUCCGAGUUGGCAAACUUGCGCACCAUCAUUAAAGAACACGCAAGCCCUGACGAAUCAGAACGCAACCGCAAUGACAGGCCCAACGCAGGGACGACGGUCUCGGGCAACGAGCUACCGCCCUCUCACGUUAUUCUCGGCUUACUAUCAUUAGUCAGAGGUGAAGAAUCAGGGGUCUCCUCCUUUUACGGCCUAUAUGCUUGGAAGGUAUUUGAGGACCUCUGCAGAAGGAUCUAUUUCCCAAUUGAGCCCAUCCCGAAGGACCAACUCGUCCUGUUCUAUGGUGCUGUCAGUGCCAUCGCAAGGAGUAUUGACGUACCCCCGGAACAUCAGCUCAACAAGCAAGAGCUAGAUCUCACUCGCCGUUUCUGCGAGGAGAAGUUCUUCCAGGGUGUUCACACUUAUGAGGUCAUGGCUCUGCCCAGUCGAGAACGUGUCUUCGCGAUAUAUCUGGCGAUGAUCCAUGCCCAAAAUGAAGCAGAAUUGACUCUACAAUGGACUUUGACAUCAGCUGCCGCGAGACACUGUAUAGCUCUAGGCUACCACCGUGAAGAAGGACUCGCACAGUUCCCCGCCCAAGAAGCCGAGACUGUCCGGCGAAUAUUCUGGCAGAUCUACAUAUCUGACAAGAACCUGUCCUUGCGUUUGGGGAAAGCAUCAACAAUCCAAGAUUUCGACACAGACAUCCAGCAAGUGCCUAUCUCCGAGGAUCCGAAACGGGCCCCCUGGGAUAUUGCAUUUGUGGCAUGUACGAACUUGGCACACCUCCAAGGCUGCCUCUACGAAGGGCUCUACUCGUCAGCUGCGAGGAAGCACACCAAGGAGGUACGGAGCGAGGUGGUAUCCUCCUUGGCGGCAAAGCUAGCCCAGUGGUACGAUGACUGGCUUCACAUCAACAGCUCAGCCGCCUUCGAUAGAACUUUGCUGGGACGAACAUUUGAGCCUAUGCACAUUGUUUACUACUCUGUCCUCACUCUGCUCUACCGGGGAGAGACCAUGUCGAAUUCGGCCUCCGAGAUAUCGCCGCGCUGCUUCGAGGCUGCUCGACAAGGGCUGCAAGCCCAUCUGGCUUACUAUCCGAAGAUCGUUUCUUCGGGGUCUCAAGUGUCCUCAUACUUGCUUUGGUAA